UGUUUGUUUAAACAAAUCAUUUGCCUUCUUCAUACUUUUUAAUACUACACGUCUCAUAAUGAGACUCUCAUUUUUGGUGGGGUACAAGCUGCAUAUUUUAAACAUUUUAAAUGUACAGUAUUGGGAAUGGGAUUUCCUAAAAAGCACCUUUUAUUGCAGCUUAUGAUUUUAGAACAAGCCAAAGACAGAACCCAAGAGCACUUAAACUGGUGGAAUUUUUUUUACUUGUUGAAGAGUAAAGCAAAGAACUUGAAAUAUUAUUCCCUUGUACUUUAAGUGUGGGCAAUGGGCAUGUAGAAAAUGUAUCACAUUCAUGUGCUUUUAAGCCAAGCCAUAUAGCCACAAAAUCCUUCAUUUCCAACUCUAAUCUGCAAAUAUAAAUUAAAAUCCACUGUCUUUGUGGGAUUUAUAGAGAUCAAUCACUAUUUUCAAAACAACACUAGCAGACAAAACCAUGGAUAACUUUUCCUUAGUUUCCUUUCUUGGUUUGCUGAUAGUGGCUUGUGGAGUUACAGGAAGCUUGGAGUAUUACAAUGCAGGAAAAGUGGUAUAUGAAAAUGUUGGCAUCCUGGAAGAGCUUGAGAGCUUUGAAAUAGAUGAUGCAUAUGAAGUGGAAACUGUUGAUGUCCCGUCUUGGGGAAGCCAGCAUAGUGGCAAGGUACUCGUGAACGUGGAUAGCUUUGGGGCAAUUGGAGAUGGGGUUUCUGAUGACACUAAGGCCUUCGUAAGUGCGUGGCAAACAGCUUGUUCUACUCCAAGAGCAGUUUUCUUGGUUCCUCCACAACGCCGCUAUUUAGUUAAUGCAACAAGAUUCAAUGGGCCUUGUGCGGAUAACUUAGUGAUACAGAUUGAUGGAACAAUAGUAGCUCCUGAUGAACCGAAGAACUGGGAUCCGGACAUGCCACGACUCUGGCUUGAUUUCUCUAAACUUAAUGGGGUGCUCUUCCAAGGGAGUGGAGUUAUUGAUGGCUCGGGCAGCAAAUGGUGGGCAUCUUCUUGCAAGAAGAACAAGACAAAUCCUUGCAGAGGGGCACCAACUGCGUUGACUAUAGAUUCAUCCUCAGCCAUAAAGGUGAAGGGACUUACUAUCCAAAAUAGCCAGCAAAUGCAUUUUGUCAUUUCCCGGUCUGCAUCUGUAAGAGUAUCAAAUGUGCAAGUCUCAGCCCCAGGAGAUAGUCCCAACACUGAUGGUAUCCACAUCACUGCAUCAACCAAUGUUGUUCUUCAAGACUGCAAAAUUGGAACAGGUGAUGAUUGCAUCUCAAUUGUCAAUGAUACCUCCGGUAUCAAGAUGAAGAGAAUCUACUGUGGACCGGGACAUGGCAUCAGCAUUGGGAGCCUUGGGAAGGACAACUCCACUGGCAUAGUCACGAAAGUGAUCCUGGACACGGCAUUCCUCAGUGAAACUACCAACGGCAUCAGGAUCAAGACUUGGCAGGGAGGUUCUGGUUAUGUUCGUGGGGUACGUUUUGAAAAUGUGCGGAUGGACAAUGUUGCAAAUCCUAUCAUUAUUGAUCAAUUCUACUGCGAUUCUCCGAAAUCCUGUCAAAACCAGACCUCAGCAGUACAAAUAAGUGAGAUAAUGUAUCGGAACAUCAGCGGGUCCACAAAAAGUGCAAAAGCCAUGAAAUUUGCCUGCAGUGAUACUGUUCCUUGCAGCAAUAUAGUCCUGAGCAACAUCAACUUAGAGAGGGAGGAUGGCACAGCAGAGACAUACUGCAACUCCGCCCAAGGCUUCGGAUACGGUUUUGUGCAUCCCUCGGCAGACUGUCUUUCUUCUCAUGACAAAAGCUGUACUUUUUCGGAUCAGAAUGAACAUGUUGCGAGCCCGAAAACCAGGAACGAGGAUAUUGUUCACACUGAGCUUUGAUGGAUACUUUCUAUAUAUACUCUUUAGUAACUCUGAUAGUAAUACAAAACUCACUAGAUAUGGAAUGUAGUUUACUUGCUGAUAUUUCUUGAAGGGGUGUGUGAGGUCCCCUGUUAAAUUUUAUGAAAUAUAAAAGGUUGUGAUAUAGUUAUACACAUUGCAGUGAAACAAAAUAAUUCUCAGACCUAAUAUAAAGUAUUGUUGAGAAAUA